AGAUCUUUGAAAAAUUUAUAAAAGACGAGUACACACCACUAAAAUAUCGUCGUACUACAAAACUGUCAACCUCAACCUUGACUGUUAAGAGGAGCAAAUGGUGAAAUGUCAUGAUAAAAAUUUACAAAAAAUAUUAUGAUAAUAAGUUGUGGAUAUGAUUUAAUUGUAUAUUUUGUUAAAAGUUUUGUGCUGCGAUAAUUAUAUAUUAUAAUGAAUAUAAGGGGCCUUAUUUUUUGUAUAAUUUUCAAUUUAUACUACAAGUAUGUAUCUUCAAACGAGUAUACAGUUCCCGAAACUACAGAUGGUUAUAAAACAAGUGGAGAAUAUCCUAAAAUCAAUCAAUAUACAGGAAAUCCAUCUACUGUUUUUCAAGGCAAUUUUGAUACCUGCAGUGAAGAUGAUUUUGCCUGUUUAGCUAUGGCACAGAAAGAUAGAUUAGGAUUAGAAGCGAUAAAACAAUUACAUAAGCAACUGGAUGAUGAUAAAGAUGGUACAAUAGAUUUAUCAGAAUCUGAUGAUUUCUUGAAAGAAGAAUUGAAAUAUAAUUCCGGCGCUGAAAAGAGGCAGAAAAAUUUCCAUCGCAAUGACGACUACCAUAUAUCUGUCAAAGAUUUAUGGGAAGCCUGGCUGAAAUCAGAAGUUCAUAAUUGGACAGUGGUACAAACUACUGAUUGGUUAACAUCUUGUGUAGAACUUCCCCAGUAUGUUCCUAAGUUUAUUGAACACAAAGUUACUGGUGCCAAUUUACCAAGAUUAGCUGUUAAUAAUGCCGCAUACUUAAACGUCCUUGGAAUAAAGGAUCCAAUACACAAACAAAAGAUCGCCCUAAAGGCAAUGGACGUUGUCCUUUUCGGACCGCCAAAAGAUGUACCGCACUGGAAAGAUUUGAUGUUAAUAUUUUUGAUAAUCGUUGGCGUUACUGUAAUUUGGUAUGCUUAUCAAUUGAAAAAGAAAUUUAGGAACCAUUUAAAUAGAAUGAACAGAGAUAUGGAUAGUCUCCAAAACGCAGAAAGAGCGUUACAAAAUCUUCAGAAGGAAUUGGAAGAAGCCAAAGUGGCAGAAGAAUCUGUGAAAACUGAAAAGAAAGUCUUGGAAAAGAAACUUCAAGACUCUAAAAGUGAACUUAAUUCAAUACCUAGCUCCUAUUCAGACUUAGAAGUUACUCAAUUAAAAGCAGAAAUAGAGAUGCUAAGAACUGAAUUACAAUUAGCAGAAGGUGAACUGAAAGAUAGAUGCUGGACUCCACCAGUAGCAUUACAGCAGUGGUUACAGCUUACGCACGAAAUUGAGAAUAAGUCUUAUCUUAAGAAAAAAAUUCAAGCUGAAAAGCAGUUACAACAAGCACGUGAAGCUUGUGAAAAACUCCGAAAGAAACGGUCAAGUCUUGUAGGUGCCUUUGUUUCAACUCAUGGUAAAUCCAUAGAUGAAGUAGACAGAAGUAUCGUAGAAGCUAGAACGGCACUAAAUGAAGUAACACAUGAGCUUCAAGAAAGAGUCCAUAGAUGGAAACAAAUCGAAAUGCUAUGUGGAUUUAACAUCAUGAAUAAUAGUGGUUUCAAUUUUUUGGAAAAUGUUCUCUAUCGUAAUGCUAACGGCCGUGGAUCUAGUUUGAAAGGACGUAUGAGCAGCACAGAUGAUUUGGAUGAUGACACAGGGUCUAUCUAUAGUGCCUCUGCAGGGUACCACGGCAAGGAUGGUGAUUCUUCGAGUAGCGAAACUAGUAAACAAGAAGAGGAAAAUGCUUGUACUAGUGAAAGCAAAGGUGGAAGUCGAAAUAAUAUACAUUUUACACUUGGCGAUGAAGGAAUCGAGGAUAUCUCGUACCCGUCUCGAAAUGCAAACAAAUUAUCCGCAUCUCAUUCGAAAAGCGUCAGCCAUGGUCAACUAAACUUAGCAACAAUAAAUCUGUCUACAAAAUUCCAAGUGACCAAAUCAGCAACUUCAGAUGUAUCUGCUUUAGGAACGAAAUCCAAAUCACAAUCGGAACCAAGCUUAGAAGGAACAAAACUUAAAACAGCUAUUAGGCAAAUGACGAUUCAAGAACAACCGACGUCGUCGAUGGAGGAAGACAUUUGCUCCACCGAUUCUUCCAUGAUAGAUGAAGAGAUUAAGAAGAAAAAACGUAAAUUAAAUUUUUUUUCAAAAAAAAGUAAGAAUAAAGGAGAUUGAUGGGAGUCUGCAAUUUGAUAGUGAAAUUUAUUUAAAUACUUCUUUCUGAUUAUUAAUUUUUUUUAAUAUCAAACCUCGCAGUAUUCCAAAUAUUCAAUAUUGAAUAUACAAGGUAACCCAAAUAUACAUCUUCUUAAGUUUUCCUGCAAAUAAUUUAUUUCAGUUACCUGAGAUGAUUUUUAUUUAUCGUAUAACUAUGUGUUUUUGGUAACUAGUAUUAUUUUGUAUUUUUCCAAACUAUUCUACUUAGUUGGAAGUGAUAUUUUUUACCAAAAAAGAAUUACUGAUUCAUUGCCCAGGGCAAAACACUAAGGCAACUAGGGAAUGUUCCAUAAUGAUAUAAUUUAUACAAAUUAUUGUUUUGUUAAUGAUAAAUCGAAAAUGUUUAACAAAUGUUCGUUUGUUUUUGAUAACAGUGAAGCAUUUCGACUUGAAAACGAUAAAGGGACUAGUACCGGUUUAAUUUUGCAGUUUGCAAACUUUAAAUGCAUUUUGCUUGAAAUGGCAUUUUUUAAUCUGUUAUUCUUUGUAACCAAUCGACAGAUUUUUUAAAUUAUUUGUUUAUUUUAUUUGGCUCAUUGUAUUUUACCGUAAUUUACCAAAAAAUUUUCCAUGGGGAAAAAAGUGAAAAAAAAAAACAUUUUACAUAUUUUUUUAACAGCUAUAAUUUUUUUUUAAUUUCUAUAUCCAAAGGUGGUAAAUGACCUUCUUCGUUAAAAAGCUUUUUCAAUUUUUUGUUUCAUAUUUACCAAAUUAGAGAUUAUCUCAGCACAGUGGGAGGCUAUCAUUUUCGAAGUCUCAACUUUGACACCCUCUAUAAAACGAUAUUGAAGAAAAAAAAAUUUUUGUAACAUAAAUAUAAUAUGGAAUUAUAAUAAAGAAAACGAGAAAAAAAUUCAAUUAUGCCCUUAUAACUGGUACUAGUUCUUUAAAAUGGUGUUAUAACUGUUAUUACUUUCUAUCUCUAUUGUCCAUUUUAGUUUACUUUUAUAACGAGUUCAUUUUAGAUAUUCUAAUCAUAAACUGAAUAUGAUAUACAAAAGAAUGUCUAAUAAAUUUUUAAAAUCUUGAAAAUAUUGCACAUCAAAUCAACUAGUACCUUGUUUUUAGUUGUAUAAAGUUGUAAACCCAACCUAAUUUUUUGGAUUUAAAAAGUAAAUAGAAAAGUAAGAAUUAUUUCACAAAAAAUUAAUUGUUUUAAAUUUAAAAGUAAGAGCAAAAUUUAAAUAACAAUAUUGGUUAUUUCCAUUGUUACAAAUUUUUUUAUUGUUGGAAAACAACAAUGACACUUUAUUUUUCUACAGAACAGUGGGGCAUAGUUUUUUCAUUAUUUGGGUUUUUCCUCAACCAUACGUUUUAUUUUAAUUAGUACAAUCUGAUCCAAUACUUAAGUACCUUCAGAUUUCUAAAAACAAGAGAUGUUCACCACUUCUUUCUCAAUUUAAUAUAUUUUCUGGUAUUUUACCCUAAUUAGGUGUGUUAUUUACCCACAGAUAUAUAUCCUUGUAAAUUCUGUAGGUAUUACACUACCUUUAAAAAAUAAUAGAAUAUAUAAAUGAGGACAAUUUAGAAAUCUCACUAUUAUACAUACUUUUUUUUAACCUUUUCCGUUAUACGGGCGUGGUCUACCAAUCAUCCUCAAAAUCCAAACCUGUAAAAUUUUCUAUAUAUUUUUAUCGAAUUCUCAUAUUUCUAAUACAUGUCAGACUUACUGAAAGGGAUUAAAUUUGAUUGCUGAUUUGUAAACAUUAUUAGUAAAAUUAUAUUUUGUUCUGUACCGCAGUUUCAGUUCGAAUAUGUUAUGUAUAGAAAAUAAUAAAAUAUGCAAAACAAGUUCUCAACAAGGAAACUUCCGCCCUAAUUAAUGUAAAAGAAGAUUUAUUUCCUUGUUGCGCAAAGAUGGUAAUUAACGUAGAGGGUAUUGAUGAGAAACCAUCUUACAAUCAAACAAAAAUUGGCGAAGGCAUGGUUUAGCACAUUAUUUAUUAUAUCCUAUAAUGUUACCAGAACUACCAAGCGUUGACCUUUGAUUAUCUAUUAAGUGUAUCAACAAUCAAUGCGUUUGUCACCCACGUGAGCAACAAUCUCAAUGGAGAGUUUAAAAAAUAUCGACAAUUAUUGCAGAAAACUUUAGUAUUGCAAUUAUUACUAGGAACGCCUAAAAAAAGAACGCUUGACAAACUUGGUAUGGCUAAGACGCCUGCUGGUGUAGCUGCAGAAUAUGGUUUUGUACCCUCACAGGCAAAACGGAAAAUGUCAAAUAUUGUAACAUGCUUAAUACACGAUACUUUUGCCCAAUUAUGCGAACAAUUUAUUUACAUGUUAUGUAUUUUUUUAUUUAUAUAAUCGAAAAUGAUUAUUUUUUUAUUUUAAUGAUCUGUAUUUUUAAAUUUAUGUAAAUUUUGGAACAAAUAAUGUGACGAAAUGAUUAGUCAAUUAAUAGUUAAAUAUAAUAACAUAGGGUUCUUGCAUUUUUUAAAAAGUAUUUAUUUUAUAAGUUCUUGAUUUGAAAUAAUGUCAGAAAGUCAAAUAUUUAAUUCAAAGUGAAAAAAUAAUAUCUAAAUAUUCAAUUGAAAAUCGCAAAAAUUUCAAAUUUCUAACUACAUAAGAAAACAAUUCUCAUUGUGACGUCAAAGGUUUAAUAAAAGCAUUGAACAGUUGUCUGCUGGGUGAUCACGACGUUAUCGGCAACGUAGCGUGUGCUACUAUAAUACAGUUUUUAUUUAUUAAUUACGUAUAAAGAAAACAUUUUUUUAUAUAUAAGUGAAUAAACCUUUUAUAGGUCAUGUUCUUACAUUAUUACAUAAUGACGUUGAAAAUAAAACGCAUAAUAAACGUAAUUACUAUAAAAUAUUGAAAAAUGGCAAUAUGGUAGCCUUACUGAAAUGCUUAAACUACCUACAAAAUUUUUUAAUUUUCAUUAAUUUCUUUCUCGAUAAAUUGAUCAAAGAAUUUAAAAAAUACCACCGGUGUAAGGGAGGGGUAAAAAAUAAAUUUUUUUCCUACUUCUUUCAGCAUAAUGCUCUCUAGUAACGAAAUUCCAAUUUUUUUGACAUAAUUAUCAAAGAAUCUCAUAGUUUUAUAAUAAAUUUAACAUAUAAAUUCAAACAAUUAACUCAUUGCUCCAUUUGGCUCUUAGAAAUAACUAAUAAUACUGUUCUAACUAUAUUGCGAUAGAAAAAGGUAAAAGAUGUAAUCUAUUUUCAAGAAUUUAAAUAAAUCCAGCACUUUCUGACACAAACUAUAAAAUAAAAUUGUCAUUUUCGACCAUUUUUAAGAUUUCAUCUAUACCAUUGACAUAAUUAGAAAAUUUUUAAUUAUAUGAAACAAAUAAAACUCGAUUAAAAACUUUAUUUGCGAAAAAGCAAUCUUUCUUUAUGAAUGUAGAGGUUAGUGUCAAAGAGGUUUGAUUUUAAAGCUCAGUCACACUUAGGUGUUAUUAUUAAAUUUCAAUGCAAGUUUUUAUCUAACUGAUUUGAUUCUGUUGUUGUAACGAAUGUUCAAAGUUUGUCCGUUUUUUAUUGAUAAAACUAUGGAACGUUUACUUUUCUAGUCUACUCUGUAAUAUCUCUAAUAACAAUAGAAUGACGAAAUUUAAAAAAGCAUCGAUGGUAAAGUACUUAUCAAUGACAUAAGUUCGAUAAAUCAUGUUUUAUAUUCGUUUAUAAAAUUUAGAGGAAUAAUUCACAUUUCUUUGGGAUAAAUUUAUGUAUGCACUUUAUAGGAUAUCACUUUUUCUGUACAUACUUAAUUUGCAGCAUUCUUCCAUUUGUCGUUGAUCACUUUAAUCAAUUUAUAAGGAGUGAUAUUUCUAGUACCAUAUCAUUAUUUAAUCCUUCUAUUGGACAAAUAACAAUUUGUUAUUCCUUCGGACCAAUUUUUUUAAUCUUCUAGGGAGAGAUUCGGCACAGUGUUCCUUAACCAGACUUAAAUGAAAGUUACUUGAUCGUCUUCAAUCUACGUAUACACUUGAACUAGAGCACAAAUGCAACGUUUUAAGCCUAUUCAGAAAAUCCGUUUCCCAAUUUCUUGGAAAAUGAUAUGAGUUUGAAUUAUUUUUUCGAAAAUUUUCUUUAUUUUUGAUUUAAUGAUUCACAUUUACCUUUUCUACGUUAAAAUGAAAUAUCAAUAAUUAUGACAUAUAAUAUAGAAGUAGUCAUUUUUUAAAUGAGCAUAAAUCACAUAUUAUAUGAAUUAUAUUCACAAACUGCCCGGAAUAAUUGUCUAUCGUAUUCGGGAUUCGCCUUUGAAAUUCUAUAUUUCAUCCAUGUGAUAUUAAAGUCAUGAUACACUAACUCCAUCGCUUGUUCACUAUAAAAACUUAAAUCACGUCCAUUCUACUAACAAAUAUUUGGUAAUUCUUUGUAGCUCUCAUCUAAUUUCACUUUGAAAUAACUAUCACUAUCUUUAUUGAAACUUUGGAAAUACUUAAAAGUAUUUCAAACAAUACAAUGAAUCUCUUCUCAAGAUGUCUAUUUUAUUUAGCAACACAAUUUCCCUUGAAAGCAGGAGAGCCAUGCGUGAUCUCACGCUGCACUCUUGAAGCAUGUGUGUAUAAUGUGUCUACAACUUCUAAAAGUAGGUGAAACUCAGGAGUAGUUUAUCUUAUAUUGGUUAAUGAAUACAAUACUUGAAAUUCUGAACUUUUUUUUGUUUGCUUCUGCUUCAAUCCAGUCUAGAUAAUUUUUUGUUGCUUCUCCAAUUGUUCUAUAAAGGCGUAGUUUGUGAUUUCGCUUUUUUUAGCAUAACAUCACAAGCUUAGUAACUUGCGUAUUUCAUAAUGGCCACUAGAAUAUUUGUCAGCUUUAGAUCUGUAGCAAUCGUUCCAUUUCACCAUAUUAUUGAUCGAUAAUUUUAACCACAAUAUCGAAGCAUUUGUGUAAUUGUCUUUUGUACUAGAUUCUAUAGCAAAGAUAAAUAACUGCUUCGCACCAGAAGCUUUAAAUUUUUUGAUGUUAUUCCUUCACUAUACUUCUGACGUGAGUUUGUUUUCACUGAUUCAUUUAUCUCUGAAGACUUGAUGGACACAAACUUCCAAAAAUACACCUUCCCCAUCUAUACCGAAUUUUAAAUGAGUAUUUGGCAUUUGUCGUUUAGCUUGAACAGUGUAUGAAAUCUUGCUUCUUCUCAGAUAUCUUUUCAUUGUUCACUUGAGAAAUUUACUUUUUCAACUGCGUCUAAUAAUUUCUUUAAUUUAAGUUGCAUUGCUGCAUUUAUUUUAUUAAUUUCUCAAAACACAGUAAGCACAUUGAAUCUAGAUUUUCAUCGUCAGUUCUAGGGCGAUUCAAACCCAUUUUUCAAAAUUUGAGGACAACUUUGAACACAAUUAAUCAAGAAUAAACUGAACAAUGACAGUUAACUUGACACCUUAUAUUGAGCGCAGGAAUUCGAAAAUCAUUCUUUAUGUGAAUAUUUGAAGAAUAAUCAAAAUAAUUAGUAUUACCUUCAUUGGUAUUUCAUUAAUAACAUAGAUAAAGUGAAUGUAAUGCAUUUGUAUAAUCAUUAUAUCGAAAACCAAAAGAAGCUAUCGAACAAACAAUUCAAACUCCUCAUUAUUUAUUUAUUCAGAAUACCUUUUUAUUUUUUGUGGAAAUCUCUAUUUAUAUAGAGAUGGUGGUUCUGUUAAAGUCAUCGAUUGAUAAUAGUUUCUUAAAUUUUGUUUUGAUAGAUUAAUUUCUCCACUUUUUCUCUAAUAAUUUUUUUUUAUUUUGUACCUCCACCAGAGAGGGGAUGAUCAUUUAAAUUCAAUAAAAAAAUUUCAAAAUUCCUCUUUUUAUUUGCUUUUAAUACCAAUUAAUGAUCCUAUAGUGGUGCAGAUACAUUCAAUUUGUGUUCUUUAUAGUUUAUAGUAAGAAGUACGGAAAUUUUCAAUAUUACUUAUUAAUUAUGAUCUUUCAUUUUGUAAUAAACAGAAGAAUAAUUCUUAGAAAUGAAUAUAGAGUUGGAAGGGGUUUCCCGGAUUUUGCAUCUAAAUAUUUCAUAUCGACUUGAUUAUUUACUAUAUUGUGCUUAAAUAUUUUCUUCAUAAUUAGAAGUGGUGAGGGAAAUGAGUCUUAGUACUAUCAUACAUUAAUUUGAAAGUAUUUUCUCAAAAAUUGUUUGGAGUAAGAGAAGAAGACAAAUGUGGUUUAGGAUUAUUCUAUAUAUGAUCACUAGAAGACUCACAUUUUCUCUUCAACAUUUUUUGUAAAGAAGAAAAGGUUACAGCAAAUUUAUUUAUUAUUAAAAAUAUAUAUUUAUUCAGAAGUCACCUGAAAUAUUUAGAAAAAAAAUACGACGUUGAUAUGAAUAUGGAGUUGACAGAAAAAAUGCCAAUAUCAACGACUGGAUAAUGCUCAUAUUUGACAAUGGAAUAUGAUUUGUUCCUUUGCUACAGUUAAAAAAAAAUGAAAUUUAAUAGUAAAAACUCCAUUUGAAGUCUUCCAAAUAAGGAGUGUUUAUCCUCUCCUAUCGACAUUUUCAAUUCCACGUGGUACUUAUUUUUUCUGAUUUGUUAAAUAUACUUUGUAGAGUGCGUUUAAAACAAUAAUAAUCAAUGAAAAUACUGCCGGAAAAUAAAUUGAUUACACAUUUUAAUAUCAAAAGCAAAUUGUUAUUAGUUUUACAUUCCAGGGAAGUUUUACCAUUGGUGAAAUUUAUUGAAUGUAAAAAAAAUUGAAACAGUAUAUUCAUUGUUUUAACUUGUGAUUUAAAUUCACUAUAAGCUUUAAUUUGUUUAAAAUAAUUGGACUGUUUUAAAAAUUUUCUAGUAUAUUUACAUCUUUCCUUAAAUUAUUAAUUUUUUAUUGUGACAGAUUUACCCAUAUAUUGUGAUAAAAAUAAACGUUGCUGAACUUUUUGCUAAAUAAGAAUGUUUAUAUAAUAUGAAAAUAAGUAUAGUAGUAACCAAUGCUUGGGAAUAAAUAUGAAAUCCUAAAUAUAUGAAUUCGUAAUGGGUGUCUCAAAAUUAACACAUUUGGAUUAAAAAAUACGUUUUUAGUCUAAAUUAUUUUUGUGUUGGAAUAUAGGAAACAAUUCUGACCUAAGAAACCUAAUGUUAAAUUCUUGAUCCUUAAUCCUGAUCAUCUAAAUGAGAGUACACGCGAAGGAAAUGUCUAACAGUAAUUUAAUUGAUACACUUUACACAGCCUUUAUCACAUUUAAACAAGACAGUUCUGCGAUAGCAGCACCAAUAACAGUUACUUUUGACCAGCAUCAUUUUCAAAUACCAAAGAUCUCAUUAUGCCACCAAUCCAAAAUCCGCACCAUCAUCACUGUAUUUGUUUUUUGACAAUUACAUUAAGUUAUCCGAACCCCAAACAUAGCAUUCGAAAUUAACAGGUCAAGGUGUAUUUUUCAUUAUCUUUCGAGAUGUUCAAUAGUGAACAUACGUUGUUGUAUUGUGUAACGUUUCAUAUUUACUACCCUUCAGCCACAACUGUCUUUUUGGUCGUUUUUAGGUUGCCAAGAAUUUGCAAUGAAAAUCAUGCUUUAAUUCUGGGACAUUAGUAUAAUGAAAAUGAUUGUUAGAAAUGCCAUGUACUUAAUUUAUUACAGUUUUAAAAAUAUCAGUUUUUUGAAAUGCUUUUGUACUUAAUAUAUAUAGAAAUGCCAUAGGUUAAUGCAUUUACUGAGAUUUGCACCUAAUAAAGAAUAAUAUUUUUUCUUUGCAUAAGUUAGUUUUUCGUUUUAGAUAUUGAACUUAAUUUUUUUUAUUUAUAAAAAUAAAACUUCUUAUUGUAUAUCCUUGAUCAUUAAAUAAAACUGGAUGAAGUAACCCUAUAAGGUUAAUAGGUCAAUACUGUAUCAUCUUCUGAAAAAUAACAAAUUUUUGGUUUUUAAAAAUAGAAACCUGCUUCUCAUAGUAAUAAAAUAAAAAAAAUUUUUAACUCUUUCUUUCAACUUUCUCGUAUUUAAUAUAUUUACGGAUAUAGUCUUAUACAAAACCACUGCUCUUAAUUAUUUUGAUAAAGACUGAAGUCGAAACAUCAAUUUUUUAUGAAUCUUAAAAAUUAUUUGAGAAAAACUAAUUUUAAACAGAAGAGACCUAGAAUCCAGAACAUUUAGAAUCAUUAUAUAUCAAAAGGUCUAAUAAAUAAUAAAUUAAAGAAAAUUUUUCUUUUUGCAUAUAGUGUUGUGUAUUGCCUCAUUUCAGAUUUAUGAAUCCUAAUUUUUAGGUCUUUUUUCAUUGCGAAAGCUAAAAUAAUGAGAGCUAUUGCUGCAACUAAAGGCUAUGUGCUGGUGUAGAGUAAAGUCUCCAAAAUCUCAUGUAUAAUUUUAUGGUUUUACUUUCAAAAAUAUAUGUUUUUUGACAGCUACGAUUAAAGACCCUAACUUGACAGUGAUGCGCUAACCGAAGAAUAAAAACUCUGUUUCUGUAACGUCAAAUACGUGAAAAAACUAUUUCCUAGAUCUCAUCCAUUAUAAACACAUUUAUUUUCAUAAUGUAUACAAUGCAGUUCUUAUUUAGCCUCUCUCUAAUAAAUUUCUAGAAUCAGAAUGACUUGCUUGAAUUUCUAAUAGGAGAUAUUUUUGGGGGUUUCUUAACUGUAAACAUGUGAUAGUCUUAUUCAACAUUUGACUAUAUAGACACAUCAAAACUGUCUUUCAAUUAUAUUCACGAAUGAAGAUUAAACAAUUGUAGGAGAUUUUUUUAUAGUUGCAAUUUUUAAUUUGUCGCUUGGAUUUUAAUUGAUAUGAUGUCAUCACUCUGGUGUCAAGGAAAACGGUAUUUCGUUUUUAAUUUAAUGGGGAUUUUGUUAGUUCACACUAUUAUUUAUUGUUAUAAUUUAAAAGCAAAUCUCUUCAUUUAUCUGAUUCUAGUGAUAUAGUACUAAUAAAAUUAAUGAGUGAUUUGUACAAAUAUCUGUCAGCUUGCUUGAUAAAGUUUUUUCAAGGAUCUGUAAGAUUUAAAAGUGCAAUUUUGUAUUGGGGUAAGCUGAUAGGUUUGUGAUUUAUUUAAAGAUAAUUUUUGAUAAAUCUAUUGUUAACUUACUUGACGAUAAACCCAUACAACUGGUUUAUUUCAAUGAUGAAAUUUAAUAUGUAAAAAGUAAGCAAUAAAGAAUUUAUUUUAUAUAUUUCUAUAUUAAUUUAUGUAACCUCAGUCAAUUUAUAUUUGUGUUAGUAAUAGAGUACAGCGAGGAUA